UCCAUUAACAUGUUACCCUGGGUGACGCCUCAGAUCGGUAUUGAGCGUAAGACGUCACCGAGUGUAUACCGACAGAAGCGGUGAUCUUGGAGCAACAUCAAGGCUUCAGAAGAAUUUCUAAAGAAGGCUGACGUUGGCAUGGAAACGUCUUGGCUGACACUGGUAUGGAAAGAACUUAGUAGACGUUGAACAUUUCUAGGCGACAACCAAACAUGAGAAAAAUAUCCUCUUUAACGCUCAGUUUUUAUGUGUUCUUCAAGAUAUGUGUCCACGCUUCUUAUGGACCACCGCGACUUUUACUGGAUGAUCGUACACUACAGAUAACAGUCCGUGCCGGCACUGAAGCUCACCUUCCAUGUCCGGUCACUACAAACGAAGACUUUCUAAAGGUCCACUGGUACAAAGACCAUGAACUUGUGGCUAGCGUCGGCGACCCUCGAUAUCAGGUGACAGAAAAAGGCUCGCUUGUCAUCCAACAGACUAGGCUGAAAGAUUCUGGAUCUUUCAUUUGUAAAGCAGCCAAUCAAAAUGAAGCUGUUCAGGUUCAAGUACAACUACUUGUAUUACGCUAUCCAGUUGACACGACGACAGUAUCACCAGUAGUUAUUCCUAAUAAAUGCAGAAAAUCAUCAGGUGCAGUUUCGGAUUCGGACGAUAGUAAAGACGCUCCUAUUUUGACCACCAAUAACCGUGAGGAAGAUAACAUCUUCCAGAGACCAGUGGGUAGUUCCGUUUUAUUUCGUUGUGUGGCUACGGGAAAGACAAAACCGGUGAUCACGUGGUUUAAGGAUGGCAAACAACUGGUCGAAGACAAUGUCAUUGUAGGUGAUUUACCAGACAAUUUUCGAAUCACACAAUGGUCUUUGAUAAUUGAGAACCUAAGAACAACAGACAGUGGAAAUUAUUCAUGUGUUAUUUGCAACAACCACGGAGCAGCAAAUGCCACUUUUGAUCUCCAAGUUGUUGAUCGAAUUCUCAACAAACCGGAGCUUGCGGGAAGUCAUCCAGUUAACACAACAGUAGAAUAUGGAAGAAAGGCUACUUUCCAAUGUCGUGUACGAAGUCAAGUGCUUCCACACAUCCAAUGGUUGAGACAGAUAAAGAAAAAAGACUCAGCUCUCCAAGACAACGUUAUCAAAGUGAAAGGAAAGUUUUAUCGGGUACUGAAGUCAGAUCACACCAUAGAACAGUCUAAAGGAAUAUUUCUGAACAAACUACACAUUUCAGAGGCUCGGGAAUCGGACUCUGGAAAUUACAUUUGUUUAGGAUCCACACCUAUUGGUUACAGCUUUAGAUCUGCUUUUCUGACAGUAGUACUACCACAACAAGAUCACACAGUUUACUGGUCCCAGAGGGUAGGAGACUGGCAGGACCAACCUAACUCCCUGUUGGUUACUUUACCCAUCAUCCUAGGUGUUUUAGUUGGUGUAGCUGUAACUCUGGCAGUUGUUUGCCAUCGCAGAAAAUUAGCAGCUUCAUUUCAGUAUCAGAAAGGAUUUGAAUCCCACAGUCUACAAACAGGAAGACAAGUUGGAGCAAGCAUUCUGGAAGUCAUUGUAGAGUCGCAUUUUGGUCAAACUAUUACAGGAAAGGGUAAAUCAAUGAAGAAAAACCUCAUUUUCCAGGAUGGUUCUUACGUGCCCCUAGACGAAGGAAAAAAAGAAAUUCUCGAAGAAAACCUGGAAUCAGUUGUGUCACCCGUAAGAUCAGAACUUGUAUUUAAUGGAGAGACUACAGAAUCUAAACUUUGCAAUGAUGGGCAGCAGACAACCUUCAGUUUGGCUUAUGACUUGGACCUCGUAAAAAAUAAUGUGUAAAAUUAAAUAUAAUUCUCGUUGUUCUAGGGCAAAAUGAUUAUGAUCCAUCAGCUCCUCUGUGUGUGAAAGGUUACUUAGAAAUCCAACUGAUAUUCCAGUUUAGGCCUAAUGAUGAGCCACUUAUUGAACAUUGAAAUAAAGAAAGUUUCGUGUUUUGACGCCAUUUUCAUAAAUACUGAAUUAUAUUAAACAUUUGGCUGGGAGACAGAUAAAACCAGCUAAGUAUUUAUUGCUAUUUUAAUGUUUAAUACAUAUUCGAAAUGUCAUUGUUCAAUAUUGUGUAACUAUAAAUCUGUAAUUAUAGCGCUUAAAUUUGGUCAACAGUGAUUUCUCAUUCUAAUUCUCAGAAUCUCAAUUAAUGAGUGUCGUUGAAAAAAUAAACAUGUAUAUAAUAAAGUGCUUAUUAUUUCUCCAAUGAAAUAAUACAGUGGCACUACCGCGGUGCAGGUUAGAAUUCAAUGUUACAUAUACAGGGUUCUUUAUAAUUAUAUAUCUAUUCCAAUAGUAAUUGUGGGUGGUAACUCUACUCACCAGCCUCCUAUGGGUUAUAGAUCCAGGAUAUAUCAAAUGGGCUUGACAAGCAGUAAUAUAACUUUUUUAAACGUCAAAGAUUUAUCUUAGAAAUAUUAACAAAAGAUUAAAACAUAUUAUUUGUUCUAUUGACCUGGAUAUAUAAUUACAGAAAACCUUUCACAUCGCUGCUUGCUGUAAAGAUUAGUCUGUCGGUUCUUUGUUGCCCAUUAUGUUAUUAUAAUGUUAGUGCUAGACUUAGUUACAUUAAUAGUUAACUAAAUACUAGCGUAAGUGAAAAUGCUAAAACAUGUAAUGCUGUGUGCAAAACAUUACCGAUACUUUUGUGACAUUGCUUAUAAUGAUUUAGUGUAUUAUUCCAAUAAGAUAUUUUUGUUUUGGGAAACUGUUAAUUUUGGAACAUAUGAAAAGGAGUAGCCUUUCAUACUUUUAUAAAAUAAUGAGCAAACUAUUUUAUAUUCUAGUGAAACUAAGUGUUAAACAGAAGUUGAACAGCUCAAAAAUGUUCUCCAUUUUUUUUUUUUUUUUACUUACAGGUCAUUUAAAGUGAGGAACUAUAAGUCAAUUCUUUCGAGUAACAAUAACCACAAAGUCUUGUGUACUUUUAACAAAAAUUUAUUUUUUUAUUUUUCAAUUAAUUUUUUUCAUUCAAUUAAACGUUCAAUUGAAUUGCAUUUUAAGGUUUCUAAUACUAACGGACUAUCAAACCCUUUGGGAACCAUAGAUUUAUAUAGCUAUAUUUAAACGGUCUGUGAAAGUUAGAGAUAUUCAAUCCUUAAAUUAAAUCUUUGAAGAAAAAUAAUUGUUACAUUUGCCAUAAUCUGGUUGGUUGCCACAGAAUAUUAUCCAAGUCAGGCUGAGGAAUUAUAGUUACUGUGAAAUAUCGAACUCGUACCUACAGUGCGAUGGAGCUCCUCUUAAACAAUCAUGUUUUUCAUCAUUUGCUAGAAUUUUGUAUGGGAACAACGCGUAGGGUAGACGAGAAUUUGAAUCUUAGCUUAAUAACUGUGCGGUAAUAACAUUAAUUGGCUAACAGAUACUUAGAAAUCUGCAAAUAACUGGAGGAUCGUAGAGUUAAUUGGUAAGACGAAAGUUUUAAGUGGCGAAAACAGAUAUGCAGCAGAAAAACACAAGUAUUCAUUAUGAGCACACGUAUCACGAUAAUAACUGAUUGAUAAACAAAAACAAUUUUUGAUAAUAAAAGUAUAAUGAAAGAAAACUGAGCUAAGACUUUAAGAUUAUAAAGCUGAAUACGCAAGUUUUGGUCAGCUGGCUUUAAGACAAGAGAAUACCUCAUAAGACGAGCCCAAAAUUCAUUAGCAAAGCUAUAGAUUUAUAGCUUGACCAAUGAGCUCAAGAGGUCAUAACUAUCAAUCGUACUAUAUCCCCAUUAAGUGUGUGGGACAAUUGUAUGAGGCAUGGACAUCAAAAGGUGAACAUCUUUUCUUGCGAGUAUCUAGAAGGAUAUCAAGACAAUGGUCGAUUGGUACUCACAAAAAAACUUCAUCCCUAGGAAAGCUUUUCACAUAUUUUUAACUGGUGUCCAUGUUCGCAUGAUACAAACUAAUUAUACAAAUAAAGUUUGUUUUGUCAGUGGGAACUUAAAAGUAACUUUAAUACAUUUGAAAUCUAUGAGAUGCUGGCUGAUAAAGCAACAGAAAUUACUGCUUUGAAUAGGAUUUGCUCCAUAUAAAAAAGUGGAUAAUUCUAUUUUAUUGGCUACAUGCAUGCAUGCAUACAUACAUACGUAUAUAUAUAAAUAUAUAUUUCAUUGAAGCUACAGAAAUCUCGAUAAAGAUAUUAGUACAAUACGUAAACAGUGUUUGUUCAUCUUAUCUUGUCGUGAUACCCGUUGGAAGAGAUUUGGUACAACAGCUCGUAUAUCACCGGUUUGUCUUAAAAACUUAAC